CGGGCCGCCGCCCCCGCCUCCCUGCGGCGCAUGCCUCCCGCGCCCGGCGGCAGCGAAGGCGGCGCCGCCCGCCCCUGCACCAGCGCGGCGGGCGGGCAGCGGCCGGAGCGGCGCGGAGCGGCCGGGCGAGCCCGCGGGGCCGGGCGCCGCCGCCACCACCGCCACCUUCCUCCUCGUCCUCCUCCUCCUGCUUCCCCUCGUCUCGGCCUCCCCCGCGGCGGCGGCAGGAUGGAAAAGGGACCAGUCUGAAAAUCUGUUUGCUGUUGCCUGCUAGAAUGUUCCUUAUGAAUGCUUCUCCUUUGGUAGCUCUACAAACAAAAUGGGAGCCCUUUGGACCGUCGAGGAGUUGUAGAUACCCGGUUUGCUUCUCUGGAUCUGAAGGGGACGUCACUAGAACUUCUGUAAGUGCAAAAGUUCAGAUGAUCAUAAACAACCUGCAAAGUCAAGAGUCUCCCCUGGGUAUGAACAAUGAGUAUGACUGUUUUACACAGAAGAAACAAAAGGGAGAAAAGAGCACUAGCAACAGAGUUGCAUCGAGCACGGUGCUGCUGCGGAAACACCCAAAAUAUAACAGGCAGAGUUGCCCUGCUGAUUCCGACGGCACUGAAGUGGAAGAGAAUGUGGAGUUUGGGCCUCUGCUGCUGGAUUCUGACAGUGACGAUUCUGUUGACCGAGAUAUAGAGGAGGCCAUUCAAGAGUACUUGAAAGCAAAAAGCAAGAGUGACCAGUCACUGCAAAGGGACGCAGAGUGUUCUGAAAACAUAGGCAGAGACAAAAGGUUUAAAAGAGAAUUCUCCGAGAACAAAAUGGCUAAUAAUCUUCUCCCUGUGAAAUUUAAAGCUGAGAUGCUCUCUGAAGACUAUCUUUCUGACCACUUGGGAAUUGGUAAAAGGCUACAGCCUGCUUCUCCUCAGAGCAUCAGUAGCGAUGACUCUUUUGAACAGAGCAUACAAGCUGAAAUAGUGCAGUUCUUGAAUGAGAAGAAGCAGCAAGAAAUUAGUAAGUGUGUAAUUGGGGAGGAUAAAAAAGAUUCACAUGUGAGAUCUGUUCUAAAAUGUAACAGAGAAACUACUAACAAAACAAAUUGUGGUGCUAUAAAGCAAGGGUGUGAAGCGCUUCUCUUAAGACAUCAUCCCAAGCUGAGGAAAACCAGCACACAGUCCAAGUGUUUGAAGUCUAAAGUCCGAGAAGAGCCUAGCGAUUUCAGCCAAGUGAGCCAAGCAUAUCUGGAAGUGGCCACUGCCAGCCGACCCUGGUUAGUGGAGCAAAAUGAAGAAAGUGGAGCUAAUUUCUGGGAAACAAGGGGAGAACUUAUCAAUGAGAGCAUGCACGUAUCUGACUCGAGCAGUGAUGAUGGCAUUGAAGAAGCCAUUCAGCUUUAUCAGCUGGAGAAGGUCAGGCAAGAGGCAGGUCCUUCAACAGACUAUGCCCCUUUGCAAAACGAACAAUUUGAAACAAAAGGUAUAGCAGACAUUUCUGCAAGCCUGACAAUUAGCUCAGCAAGAAGUGCCUCACCAGAAGUCCAUAAAAGCCCUACAGGCCACAAGAGAAAAGAAAUCACUUCAAAGUCAACAGAAUUAGAAAGCACAAGCAAUGAGUUUAACAAGCUGUUCAAGCCACUGAAAAAAGCUGGACAUUUUGCACCUCCAGAAAACAAGAUUUCUGCUUGUGAGCUGACAUUGCAGGCCUCUUGCAGAGCAGACACAUCUGCAGAACUCAUGUGUGCAGAAGCUAUUCUUGAUAUUUCCAAAACAAUCAUGCCAUCCCAAAUGGGAAGUGACAACAAAUCACUUACUGCAGACUCUUUCUUUUCUCCCCAGCUUCUCUCAUCAUCUCAUUGUGAAAGUGACAGCAGCCUUGUGGACAGUGACGACAGUAUAGAGCAAGAAAUCAGGGCUUUUCUGGCUCUCAAAGCACAGUCGGAAAGCCCUGUAACGAAGCCUCCCAGUCUGUCACACUCGAUCCAGGUGCCUUUGCCUUCUGGUCAGAACAACCUCACUGGUACCUUUGAGCCUUCUCUUCCCAAAACACUGAAGCUAUCACUGAGCCGUAAAAGGAGACUCAAAGGGGAAGGUAGAACAGUGAAACAAGGUGCAUCAAAAACACCUGAACAGUUUGAGACCCGAUUUUUCCAGCCAGAUUACUGUUCAAAAUUGCCUGUGCUCCAAGAGGGCUGCGCUCUGAGCGGCCCUAGAGAACUCUGUGAUGCUCAAGGGCUCAGUAGCAAAGAGGCUCGGCAGCAGCAGCCGAUGUCUUCCGAACUGUCUGGAUCUGUCGGCAAGUGUGUGGCCUUGGACUCUGCAAACCCUUUUAUGCAGGUUCAGAGUAGCACAAGAAAGCUUAUUAAAAAUACAGUCCCAACUCGAGAGAGGGAUGGUUCAGAUGAUGAGAGCAGUUCUCUGGAUAGUGAUGAGGAUCUUGAUAGUGCUAUCAAGGACCUUUUACGAUCUAAAAGAAAACUAAAGAAGAAGUCUAAAGACCAGAAAACUCAGUGCAAGAAGAGAGUCAGAUUCAGCGAGACAGAAACUCAGCUACUAGAUGAAUUUAGUAACCUCGAGGAAAAUGAGUGGAAAUGUAAAAGUCCUGUGCUACUGAAAAGCUGCCUCUCAAAAUCUGGGAAAGCUAUGAAAGAGAAUGCGGUCAGAAAUUCUUCAGACAACAUAAAUGUCAAGCUUCCAAAUGAAAGACCAGAAACCAUGAAGAGCUUAGAGUUUAAUUUACAGUUUAAAAAAGGAUGUAAACGUAAACCAGUCUCAAACCAGAAUAACCUGCAGACAGCUAAAAAUAAAAAAUGUCCUUUCACAGCUGCAUCAGCCACUGAUGAUAGCAGUUCAGUGGACAGUGAUGACAGCAUUGAACAAGAAAUUCGGAAAUUUUUGGCAGAAAAGGCCAAAGACUCUUCAAGCAAUUCAGAGAUGCAAAAAGAUGAUGCAACUCUUGACUUAUGGAGAGUGGCCAAACAAAGUGCUAAUAAAGGAAAAGCAAAGCAGCAGCCAGUUGAAAAUGAGAUUGACCUCUUGCUGGCUCAGAGUAAAAAGACUAAGGUAUCUCAGCAAACUGAUGAGUUGAAGAGCUCUCAGAGAACAGAAGGGAAAAGUGCAAUGUUACAUGGCAGUGAAAAAAUUGCUUCCUGUGCAGAGAAUGUAUGUCUUCAUACUACUGGUCAGUCAAAAGCUAAACAAGGAACGGUAGGGGUUAAAGGUAUUGCUGCUGGUGAGUUACCUGCAAAAGGAAAUGUGACAUGUAAAAAGGAUAUCUCUAGUAUAGAGCCUGUGCAGAAAAUGCUUCCACCUAAAACCAGCAAAAAUGAUGGUCGUAAAGUACAAAAACUUUUUAAAGCAAAGCCUAGAUCUAAAAGAAAGAAUACCUUUCACCUAAAAAUUUCAAGUAAAUUUAUAGCAGGUCUAAAAUACGCUCGGGACAGGAAGAAAUCCAUGCUUUUGAACAAAAGGCAGAAAGCAGAAGGGUUGCUUACCCAGGGCAGUGCGUUAGGAGCAGAGGUUGCUUCCCAGGAUACAGACACACUUAAACAGGGAAAAGAAGCCCUCUUGCCAGAAGGCGAAUUUAGUGGAGAGAAUAAGACAGCAAUAAAAGAAUCCAAUUUUUCUCAAAAGCUCACUGUGCAAGUGUCAAGUCCCCAUGUAACAGAGACCUGUGAAAGACUGGAGGCUGCUCCUUUGUAUAUCAAAGAGGAAGCAGAGGUUUAUAAAAAGGAUAAUGCUUUGGGAGACCAGGCAGAUUCAAGUUCGAGUCUCCCCUUGCAGGAACAGAGUGUGGCGGCAGUAGAAGUAGGUAAGAUUAGCAGAGGAACAUCUGAAUCUGAGGACAUUCAGAAGUGCAUUGAGGAAGGAGGUGCUCACAGAGACAGGUGGGCAGAUUCAAAUUCAGGUCCCCGACUGCCAGAACCCAGUAUGGCAGUGGUAAAAGCGGAUAAAGUUAGUGGAGAGGCAUCUCAGCAGAGUAUACACGUGUGCAGUGAGGGAGAGCCUAACCAACAGUACAGAAGGCCAGAUCCGAGUUUAGGUUGCCCACUGCAAGGACUAAAUGUGACGGCAGUAAUGCUGCGUAAAACGAGGGGAGGAACAUGCAUGGAUAGGAGUAUACACGUGUGCGUUGAGAAAGAAGAUAGAGCUGUCCACCAGGACAGUGACAGGCAGGAAGAAAUUCAGGUAUGCAGCUCCAGUUCGGAAGGAGAAAUACCUGUCCUCCAAGAUAGGGAAACCGAUUGUGAAGUGGACCAAGGGCAGGAAGCUUUAGACAAAAAUUGUGCAAAAUUUACUGAUGUACCUGCAGAUUCCCUCUUGAAAAGAAAGGUAUCAAAUAUGAGAAGAAAGGGAAGUGAUGAGAAACUCAAGGUAUUACCUGGAGUCUAAUGGAAGAGAAGCAGUGAAUGAUGGAGGGUUGCUUGUUUAUUUUCAUGAGUUAAAUAUUUAAAAAGUUAACUCUUCAGGACGAUGUCUGUGCUUAGUAUGUUUACUUGUUCAAAUGUAUUGAUGUGUUUUCAGCAAAGGUGAAUUUAACCAGUUUGGAUAUUUGAGAUAACCAGCUGCAUUGCAGAGCAAAACGGGAAUCCUCUGAUGGGCAUAAUUUGAAUCUUACUGGUAGGUCUGGGAACAUUUAGCUAUACUGCGUUUUGAAUGUUUAGUAAAAGCACAACUACAGGCUUGAACUGUUCAGUUUUGGACUUCGGAUUUUUACCUAGUGAUUUUAUUAACAGAAUACCUUUACCUCGCAAGUAUGUUUAUACAUACUAGAACAUACUAUUACACGGUUGGGUUUUUUUAGCUAACAGCUGGAAUAAUAGUAUUACACUUAUUUUUAAUAUACAUUAUCACUGUGUUAUGCCUGUAAAGUAGGAUUAUUUCUCACCUAUAAAUAGGCUGAGUUCUUCAAGACUAAUUUUUAGGAAAAAUGUGAUAUGGUGUUCCUUUCAGUGAAGUUAUUGUAUAAAUGAUGCAGUUUCCUUGGUUGUGUAACUACAGUUGUUUAAAUAAAAUGUGAGAAAAUA